AUGGCAGAUAGAGGAACACGGGGCCCUGCCACCGCCACCACCAACGCGCCAUACUACUCCAUCUACGAUCUCGCCGCCACCAUGACCGCCGCUCGCAAGCACCCGAUCGAUUUGCAGGAGACGGCCGGAGAAGGGUUCUUGGUGGCACCGGAGGGGAGGAAGGAGGUGCGGGAGAUCGAGUUCUUCCCGACGAGGAUCAGCAGCCACGGCGGUCCCCACGAGUCCGAGCUGCGCACGACGCCGCCUUCCUCCUCCUCGCCGUCCGGCAGCGUCGGUGGGUCCCUGGACCUGUCCCUGAGGCUCUAG